AUGCGGCGUGAAUAUCGGGCCGUGUUGCAAGAGUUGGAUGCACACGACGAUCGCUGGAAACCUAAGGAUGAUGUCUCUGUGAGUACGAAUCAUAGAAAGGUUUUUCCUGGCGAUGAAUGGGAACUGCUGUUAAAAGGCAGAGAAUUGGAACUGCGGAGCGUUUUUGUGAGUGAUGCGGCGUCCGCUUGUCACGUUGUGCAGAGCAGUGUGACUAACGUCGUCUUUGUGGAGGGGAGUUUGGUGGUGACGUUUUCUGUUAUACACGCUGCGUCAGUAACCGCUGACGAACUUGACGCUCGAAUCAACGAUUUCCCUUUUAACAACGUACUGGAUCUGUAUCGCCGCAGACGAGAUGCGAAGUCGUUCGAGGAUAAAUUGCAGGAAGUAACAGACAGUCAGGCUGAGCAGUUGAAAGCUAUGUCAGCCGCUCUUGAAGCAAAGGCAAUCGCUGCAGACGCCCAGCUGGGGAGCAUGAAACUGGCCUUGACGAUUCUAGGCUGUGAAGAAUCGGUAAGCGACAGCGUUGGAGACACCCUCGUGCAGCAAACGACGGAAGCCGUAGGACGCGAAUCGAAGCUUCGGAACGCACUCAGUAUUGCUCUCGAACGCGAAAAGGUGCUCGUCGAAGCAUUACGAGAAUCGAAUGGCGCCGCUUCAGCUCAACAGCAUGUGGAGGCGGCGCUGAGGACUCGUCUGACGGUGGCUAGCAACGUCUCCGAUUUGCUGCAGAUGAACGUGGCGGAGGCAGAAGAGCGCCAGUCACUGAUCAUGAGGCUAAUUUCCAACGCCCCUUUUUCGUUGAUUGCUGGCGAAAGUCUCCCGGCAACGUUGCAGUUGUGCUCCCUGUUAAACUGCACCGUGGCAGAGGUGCGCUUUGCACUGGGGGAUCGGUUGAAGUCGUUGACGCGACUAGAAGCCUACGCAGCAAGUCAGGUCAAUGAAGUGGUUUGGUACAGGGACCCCAUCGCUGUAAUUGCAGUACAACGGCUUCAUGCUGCUUUGACAAGCAACGUAUCGGAAUCGUCGCCUUUUACCAGGCGGUGCAGCGGCGAUGAGCAGCAGGCUUUCUUGAUUCGGACACUCGAUUUGGCGUAUGAGGAACUGCAAAGCGUCCGAGCCACGUGCUUGCAAAAAGACGGGCUGGUAGAGGCCUUGACGACGCUCGUUCACCAGUGUGGAAAUUCAUUGCGUGGGACGUGGCAGCGGCUCCGUAGUGUCACCCCUCGCGCUACGCCACCGUCAGUCGAAGAGCCGCUGUUAUCGGAAACGCAGCGACGAGAAAAUCUGCUGACCGUGUGUCGUGGGCUCGACGCUUCGGCAGCGACUUGCGUCGGCCAACAAAAAGAACUGACGGAGUUGCUUCAAAGUACGCUCUCAACUCUCCAUGCUGUUUCCACAAAGGCAGCGCCGACGAUUCCCGGUGACGGCGGCGGCGACCGCACUAUGCACCAGACACUCACAACAGUCACCGAUGUUGGCAUCGGGAACAUUCCGGCCUUUUCACAAGUUCCACAGCUGGCGCAGCAGCUGGGGAAUGAGGUCACCCAGUUGAGAGGCGUGGCCGCAUCGAUGCCAGCACUGGUAGUUGCCGUGCAUCAGCGAGAUGCGUUAAUCCGCACGAUUGAAGCUUGCUGUGCAACACUCCGCAGACCCGUCAGCGACUGCAGCGAAACAGAGUCAUCGCUCUCUCACCAUGCCGCAGCUGGAAGUGGCGCCAAUGAAAAAGCAGGUGACGGCCGUGUCCAGAAAGCGCUGCCAGCGGGCGAGGCGGCAGCUGCAGCGCUAAGUGAAAUUUCCAGCUCAGUUGGUAGCACCCUCCAGGCCUUUAUCCAGAGCACUACGCAGUCGAUCAACGUCUUGGAGGAACUCGCGGGUGGUGAGCGAACUGGCAUGCCGGUGCAUUCCCGCCCAACUCGGCUGCUGGACGUGACAGAUGGCGUACGGUUUCGAGUGAGGCAGCUGGAGCGGGAACAGCGCAAUACAGAAGAGCAACGAGAGCGCGAGCAGCAAGAGCGUGAAAUGGCCGUCGAGUCUUCAGAGAAGGCGCUGUUGGCGUUGCGUGAGCGUUGUGAGGCUACUGAGACGCAAGGCAGAAACCUGGCCGACGAACUCGCAACAUUGCAGCAGAAUGUGACGCGUGUACAGAACCGCUGGGACGCUCUGGUGCAGGUGUUUGGCGCGUUUACGCAGCAGGUGCACGAGGCUGCAACCGAAAGAACGGUGGGGCAGUCGACGCUCACGGAGGAGCUUGUUCCUUUGGUGCAGCGAUGUUUGUCUCUGCAGGACAGCGACAGAAACGCAGUGGAGAUCUUGAGAGCCCGCUUGUCAGAAGUGCGUGAUGCGUGUCAGCGACGCUGCAGUGACCUGCGUCGUGCAGCGGCCGCCAAUGAAACGCUGAAACAGCAGGGCACCGACUUGUCCGCCACCAUCGCGUCGCAAAACGAGAGCAUCCACAAACUGACGUUGAAGCUGGAGGCUUUGCAGACCCUCACCGCGAAGAUGGAAGCGAACGCCGCCGAUCAAGUCGAAGCUGCGGCUCAGGAGAAGAAUGCUGCCGCAGCGGCGCAUCGCGCGACGCUCGCCGAAGCGGAGGUGGAGCGUCUAGCGCUGGAGGCAAAGAUAAACGCGGCGGAACUCGAGGUGGCGAGGCUGACGACACAGCUGAGCCUCAACAACCAGCGCAGCAGCAACGAGCAGACUCGUAUGUCGCAGCUGGAACGGGCAAGGCAAGACCAAGAGGAUGAUAUCCUUGCAUGCUUGACAGCUGUUGGUAACGUUCGCUCUCUUGCUGAAGUGGGCGAGAUGGUGUCAACCUAUCGUUCCGAGUACAAGAAACGUUCGCUGGAGGCCAAGGAGGCCCGCCACCGUCGUGAGCUGGUCCAGGAGUGGGCGACCACGAUGGGUUUCGUUCCUGUGGAGAUGAGCACCCUAUGGACUCUGGUGGGCGCUGCAGCACAACAGUUGCCGGGGUUGCCGCUGCGUGAAGUGGCGAGGGAGAUACAGCGGCUGCAGAGGAACGUCGCGGAUGCGGAGCGCAUGUUGGGGGCAUCCCUUUCGGAUGCUCUGGCGGACGGCGACGCCACUCGAGCAGCUCUCUUGCGAAUGGUCAGUCAGGUACACGGUCUUUUCUUUCCACCUGUUAGCGACCUCAGCUCGCCAGCUCGCUUGACGGAUUCUGCGGAUCUGCAAGCAGCGCGCUCUCUGUCAACGACGCGAAGGAAGGGAACUACAUCCCUCUCGUGGUGUGCCUGCCCGGAAAAACUGGUAGAUGCUGUGGCGCGACUGCUGGAUCAUCAACAGAACUUGCAGGAGGCGGAAGAGGGAGCGCUGCGUAGCGAGCAGCUGUGGAGCACUACCGUCGUACGCACGUGUGGUUUCUUACACAGCGCACUCUCUGCGGCCGGCAGCUUUGUCACCUACCACGACGACAACCGCAGCGCUGACGACGGCGACGGCGAGGAGUGCGCAUCGCCUUCACUCACCACCCCGCAGGACACACAGCAGGCCGCACGCCGAGCGCUAGAGUUGGUGGCAAAGCACGCGGUAGAACACAUGAUGGAGCGCGCAAACCUUCUCCGGCAGUUGCGCGCAUUACUGCAGUCGUGCCUGUCGACAACCGAAGCCUCAUUGGAAACCCUGGUUGCGUCUGUGGUGCGAGAGAUGGAGACGCUGCGCCGUGCGUCUCAUGCGUCCAGCCAGCACCGACGGAACGCCGACAACGCUGUCGCCGUGCUGACUUCCAUCUUGCACGACGCCACAGAUGCUCUGCCAGAUUCCGCAUCAUUUCUUCUUGUCCAUUCCACGCAAGAGCAGCAGCAGCUGGAGGAACACAUCGAAGGAGUAGAGGCAGCCGCAGGCGCCGGAUUAGUACGCAAGUGCAAAGCCUACGCAAAGGAAUGCUCUCGGCUGUCGGCAUUAGAAGGUGCACUGUGGCGAGUGCUAAAGCGAGGAUGCAGUAGUGAAGAGGGGGCAGAUCUUGGCGCUGCCUCUUCGCUAGUCGGUGUGGCGGAGAGGGUGACGACAGAGUUGGCGAGUUUGCGCGACAGCGUCGUACCCAAGUUGAAUUCGACGCUUCGUAGCACUGCAACGAACGCACUCGUUCUGCAGGAAACUGUGGAACGCAUGGAGGUGUGCCUGGUAGAGCUCACGAGCCGCGUCAAGGUUUGCUAUGCGGUUCCAUUAGCUGACCUUAAAGAGCUGCAUCAGCAAACUUCUACGCGUGCGGACAACCUGGAAUUGCUGUUGUCACAGAAAACCGAGCAGUUAAGGCAGCAGCAGAAUGCGUAUGAUACGCUCGAGGGGGCCGCGCUGCGGCUUGCACCAGGGCAGGAAAAGUGUCGCCAGCUUGCAGACAUGGGAACGCGCGGGACGAACUGCUUGACCGUCGCUGCGCCAAGAAGCGCUUUAGAAGUGGUGGAGCAGGAGGCCGAUGUGCUGCUGCAACUCCUCGAGGCAUACAACACGCUUGCGACGCAGUCAACGCAGCGAGGUGCAGAGCUGGAGCAACUAAAGGCGGUUCACAAUAAAACCACCGCGCAGCAGCGAGGCGAGCUCUCCGCCGCACGAGAUCAGCUCGGUGAAUGGGGAGAGCGCACUGAGGGUUUCGCUUCCUUUGCAAAGGAGAUGUGCCGCCUUCUGAAACUACCGUUGCAGAGCCUUACCGGAGAAGGCGAACCCGCAGCGUCGGUGGACGUGGUCCGUGCUGCUUUGCCGCAGAUCACGAGCGCCGUGGCACACUUGGCUCGCCAGGCCACGGCGCAGCAAGAUGAACUUCGUCGUUUCGAGGGGAAGGAGGCGGCAGCGGCGCAGGCGGCAGAGGAAAUGCGGCAGCGCAGCGCCACUGCCGAGGCACAAUGGAGUGAACUUCAACGACGUGUGGAGACGCACGAGCGCGCGGAAGCGGACGAGAAGGUUGCGACGCUAGAGAAACUCCGCUCUGCCGCAGAGGCGCAUCAACGUCUUAUGGCUGCUUUAUCUGCCUCAACGGUGCCGCCGCUCGCAGGAGUGUCGCUGUCACUACCGGCAAUGGGGGACAGCACGACCGCCUCUCCCGUACCUGUGAGCCGUGCCGCAUGGACAGCAGUAGCGGAGGCGGUGGAGUGGCUUGUCCACGACGUUGACCGCCGCGUUGCCUCGGAAGCGAAUGCCGCCGCGGAGCACAGCACCCUGCAGUCGCACGUCACACAACUGAACAAAGAAUUGCGGAGAAAGAAGACCCAAGAGGCUCAGCUACUGGCCCGGCUUAACGAGACACUGACGUCCACGAACGGAGCCUCCUCUGCAUCUCUCGAAGACGCCGUUGCGGCUGUGGAAGGGCACAUGGAGGGCUGCGCUCGUCAGACACACGCCCUGGAGGACCGUGUGAAAGAACAGGAGCAGAUGCAGCGUGAACUAAGUACCGCACUACACAAAUCGCAGUCAAAAGAGACACUGCACGAAGCGCAGGCGGCCGCAGCAGAGGAAAAGGAAAAGGAGUUGCUGGAGCGCCUUACAGAGCUGCAGCAGCUAGCGUACAACGCGUUUGCCGCGGCGCGUGCACGAGCGACGACUGUGCUGGCCGGCGGAAACCUUCCUCCUGCUGCGCAGGACGGCACCGCGGAACGCCACUAUGACGGUGUGAUUCACCUCGUUGAGCAGCUGGUGCUUCGCCUACAAGAAAGCAGCCAAAUGAAUACCCGGCUCUUGGAUCUGAAAAAGAGAAACGACGAGAUUCAACGGGGCAGCGAGACUGCCGAAACAGGCGUGAAGACGCUCUUGACGGUCCUCUACGAAGAGCUGUUACCGCAGCUGGUGGAUGACAUGGUACAGAAUGGGAAUGAGCUGCCGCCUUUUCAGCACGUCGACGCUGCUCCUUUGAGCGCCGCCUCUCCUUCGCCCCAUGCGAGCGGCGGUAGUCGGGUGAGUGCAGCGGUCAUUGACACCGCCGUGCAGACAAUCCGCGAAGCUUCGCGGUGUGUGCGAGACCUCCGGGAUGAUAUGAAGGGUGUCGUCACCUUUGUGGAAAGCCACUUCGGUGUAUUGCCUCCUCCCCCAACCCACAUGGGUUUCCCUGUCACGACGAGGGCCACGAUUUCUGGCGUGGCGGUGACUCGGGAACUAGAAGCGCACCUCUCUCUGACCGACACAGUUCACGCCACAGCGAAGCUGAUGCGCAGCGUCGUGGAGGCCAAAUGCACCUCCACGGUGAACUUCCUACAAGCAGUUGAGGCCGACUUGUUAGGCCGUCCCUCUGCCUUUGCAAAGCUUUCCUUUACCACGCUGCGACCCGCCCCCUUUGUGGAGUGGCUGCGGCAGCUCACUGAGGGCCUUCGUACGAUGCAUGCGCGUAGUGAGCGCCAUCGCCGACAGAUGCGUCGUCUGCCCAUGUUCAUGGACGCUCUGGUGGAGAUUGUACACAGCCAUGGAGGGCGUGUGGAUUUGCCUGCUUUUGAACACCCCACCGCACUUGCUGCCUCCGUCAACGACACCUCCUUCACGAGCCGUCCCUUUUCCGCGGAUGACGACUUUGCGGAACUACACGAGGAGUGGCAGGAGCUGGAGCAGGAGGCUGUGCUGGACGGAGUGCAGGCGCUGCUAACGAAACAUGACAAGGAGAUGCAGCGAAUCACGGCAGACUUGCAAGACGUCACUUCACAGUAUCGCCAGUUUUCACAGGAGCAAGCUGCGGCGGAGCACAUUGUGGAGGAGCUUCGGCAGCGGGUGCAACACAAGGUGUUGGAAGAUGACAAGCUGGAAGCGAGUUUGCGGGAGCUUGACCGUCACUUGGACGCGCAAGCCCGCGAACUCGGUCUGAAGUAUCAGGCAGAUCAAGAUGCUAUCGUGAAGCGGUUCUCUGCCAUGCGAUCUACCAUUUACGCUGCCAUGAACGGCUCGUACGCUGCCACCGCAGCAGCGCCGAAUGUGUCUACCGCGUACUGGUCUCCGCGGAGCUCGGAACGUGGCCGUUCACUCUCUCGCAUCAAGUAA